UGGUGAAGACACUGUAAACAAGCAGAAGGAGAAGAAGGGCAGAGACAAACACAGCAGGAGGAAGGGACUCGUGUGUCAGCUUUGGAUGCUGGAAACAUCCGACCCAGGGAAGUGAUUAUACCCCUCUUUCACCUGAAGACAUCAGCAGAUCAAAAGAAGAGUGUUUUGUGGCACACGCACGCAUCAACAUUCAAACUGCAGGUUUGGAGUUGAUCCAGGAUGCAGUCCUACCUUACUCUGCUGCUGGGGAUUGUGGCCUCCGCUGCUUCAGCAGAAUGGAGGCGUCCGGUGAUUAAGUUCAACUCAAAGGUGGUGGGGAGUUCUGAGGUGGUGGUCAGACCUGGGACCACCCUGGAUCUGAGAUGUGAAGGUGACGGGCCUGUAAACUGGCAAACGAGGCUAGCCAAACACAGACGCUAUGUGUCCAGGGGCAACGGGAAAGCCCGCACCUUGAAGGUGGAACGUCCCUCUGCCGAAUUCACUGGGACAUACAAGUGUUAUUACACAGCGGCUGGGCUACAGCACCUGACCUCCUCAGUGCAUGUGUACGUAAAAGAUCCAAACCGUGUGUUCUGGACCAGCAGCACAUCCCUGCGGGUGGUGAAGAAGGAGGGUGAGGAUUACCUGCUGCCCUGCCUGUUGACUGACCCAGAAGCUACAGACCUGGGCCUCCGCAUGGACAAUGGCACCUUGGUGCCCCCUGAGAUGAACUUCACAGUUUACCGGCACCGAGGUAUUCUCAUCCACAAGCUCCACCCCAGCUUCAACGCCGACUAUGUCUGCACAGCGAGGGUCAAUGGAGUAGAGAAGACCUCCAAGGCCUUUUCCAUCAACGUCAUUCAGAAGCUUCGUUUCCCACCAUAUGUCCUCCUGGAGACAGAGGAAUAUGUGCGCAUUGUCGGGGAGGAACUCAAGAUUCGCUGCACAACACACAACCCCAACUUCAACUACAACGUCACCUGGAAAUACACCACCAAGUCGAAACCUUUGAUAGAGGAGCGGGUUCGCUCCAGCGGAGAAAAUCGCUUGGACAUUCAGAGCAUACUGACUAUCCCUGCUGUGGAUCUUGCAGACACAGGAAACAUUUCCUGCACAGGCACAAAUGAAGCAGGGGUGAACAGUUCAACAACAUACCUGCUGGUUGUAGACAAGGCCUACAUCAGGCUGCUGCCCCAGCUGUCCCCUAAACUGGCCCACAAGGGUCUUUCAGUGGAGGUGAACGAGGGAGAAGAUCUGGAGCUUAAUGUGCUCAUCGAGGCGUACCCCAGCAUUACAGAGCACAGAUGGCACACCCCAACAUCUCCGAACACGUCCACACAGGAGCACAAGCUCAUCAUCUACAACAACAGAUACCAUGCUUCUCUGCAGCUGAAGAGAAUGAAUGCGCAGGAGCAGGGACAAUACACCUUCUACGCCAAGAACAACUUGACCAAUGCAUCCAUCACAUUCCAAGUCCAAAUGUAUCAGAGACCUGUUGCUGUGGUGAGAUGGGAAAACAUAACCACACUCACUUGCACUUCAUUUGGCUAUCCUGCUCCCAGAAUCAUCUGGUACCAGUGUCUUGGGAUAAGGCCUACGUGCAAUGAGAACACCUCAGGGCUGCAGAUGGCCAUCCCUCUCCAGGCUCCCACAGUGGAGAUCCAGAGGGAGGAGUACGGGGCCGUGGAAGUGGAGAGCGUCCUCACCGUGGGGCCCUCGAGCCACAGGAUGACAGUCGAGUGUGUGGCCUUCAACCUCGUCGGCGUCAGCAGCGACACAUUUGCCAUGGAGGUUUCCGACAAACUCUUCACUUCCACCUUGACUGGAGCAGCAGGCAUCCUGACCAUCCUCCUCCUGCUUCUGGUUUUUCUGUUAUACAAAUAUAAGCAGAAACCCAGGUAUGAGAUCCGUUGGCAGAUCAUUGAAGCAAGAGAUGGAAACAACUACACGUUUAUUGACCCCACUCAGCUGCCUUACAAUGAGAAGUGGGAGUUCCCAAGAGACAAGCUGAAGCUAGGUAAGAUCCUGGGUGCAGGAGCUUUCGGAAAGGUUGUUGAGGCCACAGCCUAUGGCCUGGGAAAGGAUGACGAUGUGUUGCGCGUAGCUGUGAAGAUGUUAAAAGCCAGUGCUCAUUCAGAUGAGAGGGAAGCUCUGAUGUCAGAGCUGAAGAUCCUGAGUCACCUGGGACACCACAAGAACAUCGUCAAUCUCCUGGGAGCGUGCACCUAUGGAGGGCCAGUGCUUGUGAUCACAGAGUACUGCAGCCUCGGCGAUCUCCUGAACUUCCUUCGCCAGAAGGCAGAGACGUUUGAGAACUUUGUUAUGAACAUUUCCAAUAUUACGGAGGACUGUAGUGACUACAAGAACAUCUGCAGUCAGAAACAGUUCAUCAGAAGUGACAGCGGGAUCUCUAGCACAACUUCAAGCAGCUACUUAGAGAUGAGACCCAGCCAGCUGCCAAAUACAGAAUCAUCUCCAGAUUGUGUGUGCAGUGAGACUGGUGACUGGCCUCUGGACAUUGAUGACUUGCUGAGAUUCUCCUACCAAGUGGCCCAGGGCCUUGAGUUUCUUGCUGCCAAGAACUGUAUUCACAGAGACGUGGCUGCAAGGAAUGUCCUCUUGACCAAUCGCAGAGAGGCCAAGAUAUGUGACUUUGGCCUAGCGCGUGACAUCAUGAAUGACUCCAACUACGUGGUGAAGGGCAAUGCCCGUCUGCCAGUGAAGUGGAUGGCUCCAGAGAGCAUCUUUGACUGCAUCUACACCAUCCAGAGUGACGUCUGGUCCUACGGCAUCCUCCUGUGGGAGAUCUUCUCUUUGGGCAAGAGCCCCUACCCCAGCGUGGCUGUGGACUCCAGGUUCUACAAGAUGGUGAAGCGAGGCUACCAGAUGUGUCAACCGAACUUUGCCCCUGCUGAGAUCUACAUGAUCAUGAAGAUGUGCUGGAAUCUGGAGCCGACAGAGCGUCCAACGUUUAGCAAGAUCAGUCAGAUGAUAGAAAGACUACUCGGGGACCAACUUGAGCUCGAACAGCUAAUCUACCAGAAUGUGCAGCAGCAGGUCACUGAGGGUGAAGUGUGUGACGAGCCCAAGUGCUGCGACGGCCCCUGUGACCAGUCUUGUGACCACGAGGAAGAGGAGCAGCCUCUGAUGAAGACCAACAACUACCAGUUUUGUUGAUCGCCCUAAGCCGCCGAUCAAUCAGUGAAUCAAUCGCUCAUCAACAAGCAUCAGGAAAGCGCUAUCAGCUGUGGCUCGUGGCCAGAGUACCGCUGCUUGUUCUAACCGCUGGACAGUCGCAGAGAGUCGCCUUCACAGCUAUUUUUUGCCUGUUGUGCCUGCUCGCCAGACAGACAAGCAGCUGCAGCAAGCAUGUGACUUGCUUCUUUGCAGACCAUGACUACAAAUUGCCACGUCUAAUGACACCGACUGCAGACAUGAAAGGAGGAAACAUGUCAACAGACCGCGAAAGUAUCCAAAGCUGUACCUUAUCCUAAAUGUUACCCCCUCACGUACUGUCUCUCACUCCUUCUGAUAUGUAUUUGAGGUAUAAUCUGUUAAGUAAAGGAGAAUCUUUUUGUCAUUUCUUAUUUUCUUAUUAUAAACUCUGUGUUUAUUACUUUUUCUUUUUUUUAUUAUUGCCGUGACAGUGAAUGUUUUUGUAGAGAUUUUUUGUCAGCAGGUUCACUUCCUUCUCAUCAUUUCAUUGCAUGUAUGCUUUCUCAGAGGAAGCAACCCAAAAGUCACAAACACUGCGUCCACAACAACAACCACUUUGUGACUUCUUAUCUUCAUGUGCUCCAGAUAAGUUGGUUUUUAUUCCCACAUCACCUUAAUUAAACAUCUAAACAGUGCGAGUGUUUUUCCCUGUUUUAAACACGCUAAAUCAACCGUGGAGGAGGCAAAGACUGACCACGUUGUUUCUGUCUUUGUGCUUUGGUCAUAGCUAUAUCUCUUGUGACACACUUAACAGCAGCUGUCAGUCGCAACAUGUGAUUGUUCCACUUCCAUCUAAUUAAUUAAGCAGCGGUCAGUGUGAUUUAGGAGCAGCGAAUACAACUGAAUUGAGCAGGGAAAUCUGUGGAUCCCUUAUGGAUCAGAUGAACAAUGAUUCAUGUCUGACAAUGUGAAAGUUUCUUUUUUCUUUUUUUUUUUUUGCAUGGCACGACUUAAUCUUCUCAUUUUCUGUAGAGUUAGACAAUUAUUAGGAUGUAAGCUUCAUUUAUGUCUGUAUGUAGCAGUCAGCCUACACUGCCAACUGUAUGAAGAUUUCAGAAUGAUAUAUAAGCUAUGUGAGAGAUACAGACUGCGUAUUUGUGUGACUUCAGGCAUUUUAAAUGUGCUUGCAUCUGAAUGAAACAAGAGUGAGAUGUCUGAUAAUGUAUAUAUCUCAUGAUGUAAAUCAAGAAUUUAUUUUCGCUGGAAUGUAGAAUAGAUAGUACAUCAGUAUGUCCAUGUUGUUUUUAUUUGUGUGCAAAUGAGAUAAUCAAUGCAAAAGCUGCAAAUUAAAUCACUGGAAAAUGCUUUGAACGAAGCUUUACCACUGAACCUUCGGACUGUAGAGUUUUUUUAUAUGCUGCCGAGAUGAUGAUAUGGUGCCAGAUAUUUCUAAACUACGUUUUUCUUUGUUGUACCUCACUGAGCUGAUAGAAACUGUGCUGCCUUUAAGUUCCUCUCUCCUCACUUCCUAUUUUUGUUGUUCUGGAUCACGUCCAAUCUGCAUUUCCUCUGGAACGUUUCCCACAGUAUCUGUCAACAUUGCACAACUCUGAAAACUUUGUAGGGAAGUAUUCAUCCCCACCAGAAAGUCUACAUGCUAUCCCUCCUUUGUGAGGUUUCAGCUGAAAUCAUACUCCUUUAUGUGCUGCCAGACUUUCUGAGGUACACUGUGACGUCUUUGUUCGGUUGUCUGUCAAGACACUAGGAUAUUUACAGUGUUGGAAAGGUUACUUUGAAAUGUGAUAGGUUACGGAGUUAUCCUGUUAAAAAUAUAGUAAGUCAUGUAUCUAUUUUUAUUACUUCAUCAAAGCAAUGUAUCGUAUUUGACUACUUUUUGAUUGCUUUUCUAACAAAUGUUAUACACUGGGCAAUAAAGCUGAAAAAUGUUCAGAAAUAGACGAUGCCAAAAGAAGGUAUUACUGCACAGGAGAAUAUCCAAAGAAACAGAAUGAAUGUUUUAUUCUACAUAUAAACUUUUUACUGAAAAGAAAA